AUGACUUCUGCAUCGCUGCCGCCUCAAGCCCCCAUGACCAACGGCAUUCACAAGAUGGUCAAUGGAGAAGCCGAUGUAUUGUCCUCCUCAAACCCCGCCUCCGCAACACACUCGUUACGAGAUAUCUGCGCCGUCCUCCACGGGCAGGUGGACGCCUUUCUGUCGGCGGCGCCCGAAGACGAUGUGACGAGACGAACACAAAAACAGACGAGAAUAUCCAUGCAAGUAAUAGAGAAGGCGUUGAACGACUACGACUUCCCGGCCCUCUCACUCUCCUACAACGGCGGGAAAGACUGCCUCGUCCUCUUGAUCCUGUACCUCGCCGUCCUGCACACGCACUACUCCAAACCUCCCAAGAACGGCACCCCCAGAGACUUUCCCACCUCGAUCCCCUCCAUCUACGCGAAGCCGCCUGAUCCGUUCCCCGCGGUGUCCGAGUUCGUCGAGUACUCGAGCAAACUAUACCACCUGGAUCUGACGCAUAUCUCGACGAACCCCGGCCCGAGGAAGAAGGAGAGAAGUCACUCGAAUCCGCCUCUCUCGUCGUCUCCAACUCCAACCGCGCUCCCCACUGGGCCGUCUCCCGUACCACCCCCGUCUGCCAAACCGAUCGUAUCCUUCCGCGACGCCUUCGCCCUCUACCUGUCGUCACACCCGCAAGUCAAGGCGAUCUUCGUGGGCACGCGCAGGACGGACCCGCACGGCAGCCAUCUCACGCACUUUGAUCCCACGGACCAUAAUUGGCCCGACUUUAUGCGCAUUCACCCGGUCAUCGACUGGCAUCUCAGCGAGAUCUGGUGUUUCUUGCGGUCUCCGUACCUGACGGACGUGGGCGGGGGCGGGGAGGUGCCUCUCAAGUACUGCCACAUGUACGACGCAGGGUAUACCAGUCUAGGCGGCGUGAAUGACACGGUCAGGAAUCCGAAGUUGCGGUACGUCGACAGCGACGGGCGGGAGAGGUAUAAGCCCGCGUACGAGAUGACAUGGGACGAGGGCGAGAGGCUAGGUCGGGAGUGA